GGGCCGGACGGAGGGGGCGGGGAUUUGUUUAGCCGCUCCCCCUCCCGCCAGGCCCCGCCCCGCUGCGGGGGAAGAUGGCGGCGGCGCGGGCCAGCGUGGUGCUGCGGCGGGGAGCGCGGGGGUACUCGCGGGACGCCGAGGGCAGCUGGUUCCGCUCCCUCUUCGUGCACAAGGUGGACCCCCGCAAGGACGCCCACUCCAACCUCCUCUCCAAGAAGGAGACCAGCAACCUGUACAAGAUCCAGUUUCACAACGUGAAGCCGGAGUGCCUGGAUGCCUACAACAGCCUGACAGAGGAGGUGCUGCCCAAGCUGCACUCGGAUGCCGACUACCCCUGCGAUCUGGUGGGCAACUGGAACACCUGGUAUGGAGAGCAGGACCAGGCAGUGCACCUCUGGCGCUUCUCGGGCGGGUACCCGGCGCUGAUGGACUGCAUGAACAAGCUGAAGCAGAACAAGGAGUACCUGGACUUCCGUAAGGAGAGGAGCAAGAUGCUGCUGUCCCGCAGGAACCAGCUGCUGCUGGAGUUCAGCUUCUGGAACGAGCCCCUGCCCCGCCAGGGACCCAACAUCUACGAGCUGAGGACCUACAAGCUGAAGCCGGGGACCAUGAUUGAAUGGGGCAACAACUGGGCUCGGGCCAUCAAGUACCGGCAGGAGAACCAGGAGGCGGUGGGAGGCUUCUUCUCCCAGAUCGGGGAGCUCUACGUCGUGCACCACCUCUGGGCCUACAAGGACCUGCAGUCCCGGGAGGAGACCAGGAACGCAGCCUGGAGGAAGAGGGGCUGGGAUGAGAAUGUCUACUACACUGUCCCGCUGAUCCGGACCAUGGAGUCUCGGAUCAUGAUUCCCCUGAAGAUCUCCCCCCUGCAGUGAGCAGGGGUCUGCGUGGGGCCUCUGCCUGCACCUGGCUCCCUGCCUGCACUCCCUGCCUGCGCCCCAGCUCCCUGCCGGGGAGGGGUGCUGAGCCCCUCGGCACCCAGACCUCCCCUGUGGAGGGUGACGGCAGGGAGGGGUCUGAAGGGUGGGAGCCUCCCAGCCUGCAGUGUGUGCCCGAGCGUGGCAGGGGAUGGCACUGCCUGGGGGGGAGCCUUAACUACUCCUGCUGUGCCCAGCAGGGCCCUGCCUGGCCGUGGGACAUUGCCAAUUAAAUAUUUGAUACACCA